AUGGAACUUGAUGCCUUACUUUUAGGAGGAAGAAUAUUAUUUUCAGAAACCUCUGUUGGGAGACCCUGGACAUCGACUCCUUGGACAUUCUUUUCUGCCUUUCUUUUUUGUUUCAAGGAAAUAGAGCUGCCAGCAGCAACUUGCAGCUGGCUGGCUCACUUUUAUGGUGGCCCUGGAAUAAACUUUGGUGGUCAAAUUCAAGUGCUCAGGCCCACAGCUGUCUCCUCACAGGAAGCGCACCCCCUCCCCACUGUCGGCCCUGGCGGUGCAGAAUUUGCCUCGGGGGCCUGGGCCCCACGUUGCCCUGGAGGCCAGGAUGGGGAAGAAAGCAGGAUCCUGGGAGAAAGUGGAAAUCCAAAGCUGAGACACCGAACCCUCAUUCACAUCUCUGCAAAGAAUAGUGGUGUCUCUCACCAACCUCUCACUGGUCCCUAUCACUGUUUGGGGAACAUUUUGCCUUCUAUAAACUAA